AUGGUUACUGUAAGAUCGAACAAUCCAUUAGAAAAAACUACAGAAUUAUGUAUAAAAUUAAAAUUUAAAGCGUAUGUGGGUCUUCAGAUCUUGGCUAAGAAUUUUAAACUAUUUUUCAUUACAUGCCGGUAUAUGGGCGAAACUAAAGACCAGUCAUAUUUUUUAAAAGAUCUGAAACCCAACAUGAAACGUGUAUCAUGUGUUUUUAUAGUUUUGGAGCUGGGUCCUAUCACGCGUACGAAAGAUGGCAAUGAAGUUCGGACCGCGAAAGUUGCUGAUCGCACAGGAACGAUUAAUAUAUCUGUUUGGAAUGAGAAUAGUUCGUUAAUUGCUCCAUGUGAUGUUUUACAGCUAGUUCAGGGUAACACUACUGUAAGGGGUGGCUGUUUAAAUUUGAAUGUCGGUCGUUAUGGUCAGCUUAUGAAAAUUGGAGAAUUUUGUUUUCCUUUUGUUGAGUCACCUGAUUUUAGCGCUUAUAAUGAUGAAUGGUUGGGAAAAUCCAGCGACACUAGUUCAACGAAUAAAUGUGAACCAACAAACAAACAAUAA